CCACUGAGCCACGCCCCUCGGGAUACUUCCUAGAUUUUUUUUGUUGUUGUUGUUGUCGCUGCAGCUUCUAAGAUUAGACUCAAUUCUCAAAAACACAUAAUCAACACGUCCAACUGAGCUGAAGUCAUGUUGAAGAACUGACGUCAGCUCGGCGCUUUUUUCGCAUCCGGAAGUCCUCUUGUGACAGUCAGCUGACAGGACAUGAAAACGCAUUGAGCUCUCCUGGACGACAACAAGGAACAUUCAAAGCUUGAUUUGAGUUGUUUUUUUGUUUUUUUAAAAGCCGUUUUGGAAAAAGAAGAAAUGGCUACAAACCCACCUAAAUUGAGGGUUGGAAUAACUGCCAGUGAAAGGCUACAAAACUUGAAAAAUGCAUUUGAAACAAAGUAUGGAGAAGCUCCUCUCUUCUAUGCAUGUGCACCGGGACGGGUAAAUCUAAUAGGAGAACAUAUUGAUUAUUGUGGCUAUUCAGUACUUCCGAUGGCUAUCGAACAGAAUAUCCUUGCAGCUGUAUCUGUGAACAAUUCAGGGACUAUCACACUGGCCAACACGAAUCCUCAAUACAAGGAUUUCACUGUGUCCUGUAAUGAUAUUGCUAUAGACAGAGAAAAUCCAAAGUGGUAUUAUUAUUUUCUCUGUGGGGUAAAAGGUAUCCAGGAGGAGUUUGAGAUCGCUCAGUUAGCAGGGAUGUCAUGCGUUGUCGAUGGAACCAUUCCACCCAGCUCAGGCCUGUCGAGUUCAAGUGCCUUAGUCUGUUGUGCAGGGCUCGUAACAAUGGAGGCAAAUCAGAAGUCCCUCUCCAAGGUGGUGUUGGCUGAGAUGUGUGCCAAAAGUGAGCGCUACAUUGGCACAGAGGGAGGCGGCAUGGAUCAAUCCAUCUCAUUCCUGGCAGAGACAGGAACAGCAAAGCUGAUUGAGUUUCAGCCUCUGCGAGCCACUGAUGUGAAACUCCCGGACGGGGCCGUGUUUGUGAUCUCCAACUGCUGCUUGGAGAUGAACAAAGCUGCUUCUUCUGACUUCAACAUCCGUGUGGUGGAGUGCCGAAUUGCCACAAAGAUGCUGGCCCAGGCACGGGGUCUGGACUCCAGUCGGCUGCUGAAGCUGGCCCAGGUCCAGAUGGAGCUGAAGGCCUCCCUGGAAGAGAUGCUGGCUCUGGUGGAGGAGGUGUUACAUCCUGAGCCGUACAGCCGAGAGGAGAUCUGCAGGGUGCUGGGCGUCACCUCCGAGCAGUUCUCCAAAGAGCUGCUGAGCGCUAACACUCAGCAUGUCACACAUUUCAAGCUUCACCAGAGAGCCAAGCAUGUGUACGGUGAAGCUGCACGGGUGCUUCGGUUUAAGAGCGUGUGCGACUCUGAACCUGCCGAAUCUGUACGUCUGCUGGGAGAACUGAUGAACCAGAGCCACGCAAGCUGCAGAGAUCUGUAUGAGUGUAGCUGCACUGAACUGGAUCAACUGGUGGACGUCUGUCUGAAGUCGGGGGCUGUGGGCUCCCGGCUGACAGGAGCAGGAUGGGGUGGCUGUGCCGUUUCCAUGGUUCCCUGUGAGAAGGUGGACUCUUUCCUCCAAGCAGUGAGGGAAGCCUACUACCUUCCUGAUCCACGCAGAGCAGCAGUGGAGAAACAGAGUCUGUUUGUGACAAAGCCGGGCGGAGGUGCUGCAAUUUACCUCGAGGAGUGAAAGCAUUUUUGUAUCUUCCAUUAAAUACACGACUAUUUGCACAUUUGAGGCAGAAGGAACUUGUAAUGACAAAGUAAUCCAAAAGUAAAGUGUCUGUGUUUACAUUUUCCUCUUUCAAGAUUAUUCUUAAUCAUAAAAUGAUUACAUAAGGGACCAAAAAUUAUCAACAGUGAUUCACUUUUAUACAAAGGGAACAGUUCUUAUGUUUGUUUGUUUUUUUUAAUUGAGAAUGUUGGGUUUUUGUAUAUCUUAUUCACAGUGUAACAGAUUUAAAAAAAACUGUUGUGUUAGUUAUGGGCAAGGAUCAAUGUUCAUGUCAUUAGAGAGCAGCACUUUGCAUUUCAAUCUCUUCAGGGACCUUCAUAUCACCAUUGCUGAUGAACUCCAUGGUCAAUAAAUUACCUCUUCUGAAAUGUU